UAAAAUUUUUAUUAAGUACUAACAUGAACGUCAUUGGUAGAUCGAGAAAGUUUAUUUCCAAGUUAUUUUCACGUAAAACGAGGUCAAUCCAAAGCAAGAGCUGUUAUCAGUUCUCAGCUAGAUAUUUCUCGAUCGGCCCAAGAGAGCCUCAUUCUCGGAAUCGCAAUGCAUCCGUAAAUAGGGUAAAUCAAGAAAUGGGAGUUUUUACUGGCAAAGAUAACCAUACCCUUUCAUGUUGUGAUAAAUGUACCGAAGAAUGAGAAGACCAAUUCAGAUUCUUCUGCGAGGGCUGUAAAUACCUUAAAGAUCCUUCAAUUCUUGAUUCGGUAGAUCAUUUCGAGCUCUUCGAUAUAAAGGAGGAUUAUGAUAUCGACAUUGAGAAACUGGACGAGACUUUUUAUCAGUUACAGCAAAUGUUCCAUCCAGAUAGGUUUACCAUGACUGGGGAUGAAGAUCUUAUGGAGAACUCCACCACAUAUUCUUCCUUUAUAAAUAACUCUUACAAACUUCUGAAGGACGACCUUGAGCGAGCCAAAUACAUUUUGAAAAAGAAAGGCUAUAAAGCACUUGAAGAAGGCGACCAAAUCUCGGACAUAGAAUAUCUCCAACAGAUAAUGGAAAUCAGAGAAGAAAUAGAAUCAUCUGAAACCCAGGAAGAACUGAAUGUUCUUAAAGCAGACACCUUACUUAAGAAGCAAACCAUUGUUGAAAAGGUCUCCAGCCUCUUCAAAGCGGAAGCUUAUGAAGAGAUCAUUGAGACUCUUGUCCAAUUGCGGUAUACCAUUCGGAUACUUGAAGCAAUUGAUAAACGCGAACGGGAAUUUAUUUAACUCUUUUCAAUAAAAAUUAUACGAAAA